GUGCUAUUUUAUAUGACGACCACAAGGUGGCAGCAGAGGGCGGAAUCUGCAGCAGUGAACUUCAGCUGCACCACAUAUCUGAGCCCAACAUCACAAAUGGGGGAGAAAUCAUGAUAAACUUAACGAACCCCUUUGCAGUUAUCAUUUGGGGAAACUUUUCCUAAGUUCAUAUUGCAUUGGGGGAGCCAUUUCGUUUUAUUUGUUCAGUGACCAAUCCAUUUCCCACGGGCCCUUUUUUUUUCUUCCAAAGAACUGCUUAAUAUUUCGCCCCCUAAAUAUAAUUUACCAAUGCGUCACUGCACCCUGACGUAUAUGAACUGUGGUUUCAUAUCAGGGACACUGCAGUGAGUCUGACCCGCUUUCAAGGUGCAGUGAGGAAGUGGAGAAGAAGGGGGCAUCUCAUGAUCAGUGCAGAUAGAGGAAAGGAAAAAUAGAGAGAGAGAGCCAGUUCCCCCUCGUCUCUCCUCGGUAGAAUCGCUGUCGUGCGGUGCGGCUGGUCAAGACGAGACGCAGACCCACAAACACACUGACUGUCUGAUCCAGGGUGAAAACACUAAAGGAUAAGCAUCUGACUUCAUUUUGACAAUUCUAACCAUACAUGAUUUAUGGACCUCUACUAUGGCCAAAAGGACAUGAUCUGCAUUUCAGCACCAGCGCUACAAUGUCAAAUAUGAUUUAUCCGAGCGUGAUAAGCAUUUUGUGUUUGCCCGUUUUACUCUUCGAGGCAUUUGUUUUCUCCAAUGGGAAAUAUGAAAGGUCAGUUGUCCCGAGUUCUGCCACUCGCCUGGUCGCCAGGAUGGAUGGGGAUGUUAUAAUUGGUGCCCUGUUUUCUGUUCACCACCAACCAUCAGCUGAGAAGGUCGCAGAGAGGAAAUGUGGAGAAGUCCGCGAGCAGUACGGUAUCCAGAGAGUGGAGGCCAUGUUCCACGCCCUGGAUCGGAUUAACUCAGACCCCAACCUGCUCCCUAACAUAACCCUGGGCUGUGAGAUCAGGGACUCUUGCUGGCACUCCUCGGUGGCUUUGGAGCAGAGCAUUGAGUUCAUCCGAGACUCUCUCAUCUCCAUCCGGGAUGACUCGGAUGGCUCCAAGUGGUGCAUUGAAGGGGUUCCCUCCAGUCAGCCACCAUCAACCAAGAAGCCCAUCGCGGGAGUCAUCGGUCCUGGCUCCAGCUCUGUCGCAAUCCAGGUCCAAAACCUCCUCCAGCUAUUCAACAUCCCUCAGAUCGCCUACUCCGCAACAAGCAUCGACCUUAGCGACAAGACUUUGUUUAAGUACUUCCUGAGGGUCGUGCCCUCAGACACUCUUCAAGCCAGAGCUCUGUUGGAAAUUGUCAAACGCUACAAUUGGACCUACGUGUCUGCAGUCCACACAGAGGGUAACUAUGGGGAAAGCGGGAUGGAAGUGUUCAAAGAGCUGGCCUCCCAGGACGGCCUCUGCAUCGCUCACUCUGACAAGAUCUACAGCAACGCCGGGGAGAAGCACUUCGACCGGCUGCUCAGAAAACUGAGGGAGCGUCUGCCAAAAGCCAGAGUGGUUGUCUGCUUCUGUGAAGGGAUGACAGUCCGAGGGCUGCUCAUGGCCAUGAGGCGGCUCGGAGUAGCUGGAGAAUUCCUCCUAAUUGGCAGUGAUGGCUGGGCAGACCGAGUUGAGGUGGUGGAGGGCUAUGAACACGAGGCUGUGGGUGGCAUCACUGUGAAGCUGCACUCUGAAGAUGUCUCCUCCUUUGACAAUUACUUCCUGAAACUGAAGCUCAGUACCAACAAGCGCAACCCAUGGUUCCCUGAGUUCUGGCAGUACCGGUUUCAGUGCCGCCUUCCCGGACACCCUCUAGAGAACUUGAAUUACGCACGAAACUGCACAGAGGAUGAUGAUCUAGGUUACGAAAGUCUGGAGGAUAACUAUGUACAGGACAGCAAGAUGGGCUUUGUCAUCAAUGCCAUCUAUGCCAUGGCCCACGGGCUGCAUGACAUGCACUCUCACCUUUGUCCUGGGCACGUGGGCCUCUGUGACAAUAUGAAGCCCAUCGAUGGAAGCCACUUACUGGACUUUCUCCUCAAGACCUCCUUCACGGGUGUGUCUGGGGAGGACGUUUGGUUUGACGAGAACGGUGACUCACCGGGAAGGUACGAGAUUAUGAACUUUCAGAGUGUGGAGCCUGGAGUCUAUGACUACAUCAACAUUGGCUCCUGGCAUGAGGGCAUGUUGAGUCUAGAUGAGGAAAUGAUCCAGAUGAACCGCAGUGACAUGGUCCGCUCAGUCUGCAGUGAGCCCUGCUCAAAAGGAGAGAUCAAGGUCAUAAGGAAGGGGGAGGUGAGCUGCUGCUGGAUCUGCACUGCCUGCAAAGAAAACGAGUAUGUCCAGGACGAGUUCACAUGCAAGGCCUGUGAGCUGGGCUGGUGGCCUGACGAAGAACUGGAAGGCUGUGAGCAAAUCCCCCUGCGCUACCUGGAGUGGAGCAAUCCGGAAUCCAUCAUCCAGGUGGUUUUCUCCUGCGUGGGCAUCCUGGUGACAUCGUUCGUGGCUUUCAUCUUCGUUUUGUACCGCGACACGCCUGUGGUCAAGUCCUCCAGCCGGGAGCUCUGCUACAUCAUCCUGGCGGGGAUCUUCCUGGGAUACCUGUGUCCCUUCACCCUCAUCGCCCGCCCCACGGUGGCCUCCUGCUACCUGCAGAGACUUCUGGUCGGCCUCUCCGCUGCCAUGUGCUAUUCAGCCCUGGUGACCAAAACCAACCGCAUCGCCCGCAUCCUGGCGGGCAGCAAGAAGAAAAUCUGCACACGGAAGCCCCGCUUCAUGAGUGCUUGGGCUCAGGUGGUCAUCGCCUCCAUACUGAUCAGCGCCCAGCUGACGCUGGAAGUCACCCUCAUCAUCAUGGAGCCCCCGGAGCCCGUCAAGUCCUACCCCAGCAUCAGAGAAGUCUUCCUGAUCUGCAACACCAGCAACCUGGGAGUGGUGGCUCCACUCGGCUACAACGGAUUGCUCAUCAUGAGCUGCACCUACUACGCCUUCAAGACCCGCAACGUUCCCGCCAACUUCAACGAGGCCAAGUACAUCGCCUUCACCAUGUACACCACGUGCAUCAUCUGGCUCGCGUUUGUGCCCAUCUACUUUGGCAGCAACUACAAGAUCAUCACUACCUCCUUCUCCGUCAGCCUCAGUGUGACCGUGGCCUUGGGAUGUAUGUUCACGCCCAAGAUGUACAUCAUCAUCGCCAAGCCGGAGCGGAACGUGCGCAGCGCCUUCACCACCUCCGAUGCCGUGCGCAUGCACGUCGGCGACGGCAAAAUCGCCUGCCGGAGCAACAGCCUGCUCAACAUGUUCAAGAGGAAGAAGAACGCUGGCAACGGCAGUACCAAGACGUUGUACAAUGUGGCUGAGGAGGACGAGAGUGACCCUGUUAGUUACAACUCCCCUCCAACCCCCCCGAUGAUGGCUCACGGGCAGAUCCCCCCCUGUAUGUUGCUUAAAGAUGCGGGGGAGGAGGUGCAGCUCUAUUCCCCUGAGCCCCUCCAGCAAAAUAGCAUUAUCCCUCAACAUGCCAUCAUGGGCCGCCUCCAGGAGGAGGGCCUUUUCAACAAGUUCAGCAGUGAUAUCCCUGAGCUCAGCGAAAUGAUUAGCAUGCCUCAGGCUGUCAGUGGUGGCAUGCCAGUCUACCACCAGGCACAUCUCAUUCAGCAGGAGCCAGUCCUGCCCGUCCACCUCGACCCUUUUGACGAGGAGCCCUCUCCCCCUUUAGAGGAGGAGGACGAGGAGAUGGAUAACGAACAGUUUGGCCUUCUCCACGGCUACAUGUACAACAACGCCCAGCUUCACGAAGAGGAGGACAUGGUUGAGGUGAAGUUAGCAGUGGAGGACUCCGUGGCUCUGAUGCCUCCCUCCCCUUUCCGUGAUUGCUCUGGCCCUCCAGUGAGCCCAUUUCCAAACUCCCCGGUGUCCGAGUCGAUUUUGUGCACACCGCCGAGUGUGACGUAUGCUUCUGUCAUCCUCAGAGACUUCAAGCAAAGCUCCUCAACUCUGUGA